AUGGCUGACGCCGGCGUGGCGCGCGGCUCAGGGAGUGCUGGCGAUGCUUUGUUCAGGGAACUCUGGCAUGCUUGUGCUGGGCCGUUGGUCACAGUGCCUCGCCAAGGCGAGCUGGUUUAUUACUUCCCGCAGGGUCAUAUGGAACAGCUUGAAGCAUCUACAGAUCAACAACUUGAUCAGCACUUACCUCUGUUUAAUCUUCCACCCAAGAUCCUCUGCAAGGUGGUCAAUGUAGAACUUAGAGCUGAAACUGAUUCUGAUGAAGUUUAUGCUCAAAUUAUGCUGCAACCAGAAGCAGAGCAAAAUGAGCCCACCAGCCCAGAUCCUGAGCCACCCGAGCCUGAAAGAUGCAACGUCCAUUCCUUCUGCAAGACCUUGACUGCUUCAGAUACAAGUACCCAUGGUGGAUUCUCUGUCCUCAGGCGGCAUGCUGAAGAAUGUUUGCCCCAACUGGACAUGACUCAGAAUCCACCAUGGCAAGAACUGGUGGCAAAAGAUCUCCAUGGAAAUGAAUGGCAUUUCCGUCACAUCUUUCGAGGGCAACCAAGGAGGAAUCUACUUACGACAGGCUGGAGUGUUUUAGGUGAGAACGGAGAGCUGCGAGUCGGGGUAAGGAGGCUCAUGAGGCAACUAAAUAACAUGCCGUCCUCGGUUAUCUCAAGCCACAGCAUGCAUCUUGGAGUCCUAGCAACUGCAUCUCAUGCCAUCUCCACUGGAACUCUCUUUUCUGUUUUCUACAAACCCAGGUUUGACAUGUGGAAAUGCACUGUUCGUAAACUUGUACUUCUGAAACUUACAUUGUCCAUCUUAUUUGGUCCACAGAACAAGUCGAUCGAAUUUGUCGUUAGUGUAAACAAGUACCUUGAAGCUAAGAAUCACAAGAUGUCUGUUGGUAUGAGGUUUAAAAUGAGAUUUGAGGGUGAUGAAUCUCCUGAAAGAAGAUUCAGUGGGACAAUUAUUGGUCUGGGAAGCAUGCCAGCUAAAUCAACAUCUCCGUGGGCUAAUUCUGAAUGGAGAUCUUUGAAGGUCCAAUGGGACGAGCCUUCUGCUAUUCUGCGUCCAGAUAGAGUUUCACCUUGGGAACUAGAACCCCUUGAUGCAACUAAUCCACAACCACCUCAACCUCCUUUACGGAAUAAGCGUGCACGGCCUCCUGCUUCACCUUCUAUUGCUCCAGAACUUCCUCCAGUUUUUGGUUUUUGGAAAUCCCCAGCUGAGCGUGCCCAAGCUUUCUCAUUUUCAGGACUGCAGCGAACUCAGGAAUUAUACCAUUCAAACCCCAAUUCAAUCUUCUCAUCAUCGUUGAAUGUAGGAUUCAAUUCAAAGAAUGAGCGUUCUACUCCAAAUAACAAUCAUUUGUACUGGACAAUGAGAGAGACAAGAACUGAAUCCUACUCUGCUAGCAUUAACAAAGCUCCUACUGAAAAGAAGCAAGAGUCUGCUACUUCUGGCUGCAGAUUGUUUGGUAUUGAGAUAGGUUCUGCAGUAUCACCAGUGGUUACUGUUGCUAGUGUUGGUCAGGAUCAGCCACCUGCUCUCUCAGCAGAUGUUGAAUCUGAUCAGCUGUCACAACCAUCCCAUGCCAACAAAACAGAUGCCCCAGCAGCAAGCAGUGAGCGCUCUCCUAAUGAAACAGAGAGCCGGCAAGUCAGGAGCUGCACCAAGGUAAUCAUGCAAGGAAUGGCGGUUGGCAGGGCAGUGGACUUGACGAGGUUAGAUGGGUAUGAUGAUCUUCACCGCAAGUUGGAGGAGAUGUUUGAUAUCCAUGGAGAGCUUUCUGCCAACCUCAAGAAAUGGAAGGUUGUUUACACAGAUGAUGAGGAUGAUAUGAUGCUGGUCGGGGACGAUCCAUGGAAUGAAUUUUGCAGGAUGGUAAAAAGGAUAUAUAUUUACUCUUACGAGGAGGCCAAGUCUUUGACUCCCAAAGCGAAACUGCCGGUCAUUGGUGACACCAUCAAGCCAGACCCAAGCAAAUUGUCACCGGAAUCUGACAUGCCACAGAGUGACUCAAACAACAAUGCUCCCGUUGCUGCUGAUAAGGAUUGA